CAAUGGUAAAAAAAUAUUUGGGCCGAUACGCCUUACAUGUAGCAUAAAAUUUUCCCAAAUUUUGACCCAAAUUCCACGUCGCAGGAGGAAAAAAAAAAAAUCAGCAUACGACGUCGCAGUGGUCCUCCCUAAUCUAUUAUACCAAAAGGCAAAAUCCAACGUUUGAUCUUUGGAUGUAAAAUAAGGAGGAACGACGUUGACCGUAACAAUCUACACUCCCACACAGCCCAUCUCCAUCUCCUCUCUAGUCUCUACCCUGCAGAAAAAGAGAGAUCGAAGGUGAGUGAAUCAGCGUGCAAUGGCGGACCUUUUCCAGCUACAACAAUGAAGGUAACAGUUGAAAGGACCGGCGCCGCCCAAAUCCAGGCCCCUCCAAAACCUCCGCCGCCAUCAGAUCUUUCCCACAGGCCAAGUUUCCCACGCAGGACGCCUAGACGGCGGUUGAAGGCUCCCGGCGCCGGAGUCCGGCUUAGGAGGGAACCCGGAGCCCCGCCCCCGAAACGGGGCAACCGGCCCGAGACUCCUUUGCUUAGAUGGAAGUUCGAUGAGGGCCGUGGCGACGAUUUCACGGCCGCAGAGGAGGAUAAAUCAGGCAGCGAAGCUGGCCGGAAGUGUCGGCUGACGAUUAAGACAGAGGUAUCGGCCAGGAAGCUCGCCGCUGGCCUGUGGCGCCUCUACACGCCGGAGUUUCAGAUUAAUUUUGGGCAAAGGGUUGGAGGGAUUCAGUCUUCUGGAGUUGGCCAUUUUGGAGGCUCAUUCCAUUGUCAUCAUGUCCAUAGAGUUCAUGGUUCACCAGCUAAGGAUUUGAUGCAUAGUCCGAGAUCCAUGUCUGGUCCAAAACAUGAGCUUCUCUUUAAUAAGCACUUUUCGCAGUUGGACCCGUCUUUCCAGUUCCCAAAUCCUGCAAUGGAAGGCGCAACCAAGUGGGACCCCCACGGCUGGAAAGCGUCGAACUCUCAAAUAUUCACCCGCCCCAAACCCCCCCACCUCAACAGCUCCGGCCCCACCACCACUGUCAUUCCCGCCCUGGAGGCCGAGCUCGACCGUGCCCGAACCCGCAUAAACGAGCUGGAAUCCGAACGCCGGUCCUCGAAAAAGAAGCUGGAGCAGUUCCUCCGCAAGCUCGGGGAAGAGCGAGCCGCGUGGCGCAGCCGCGAGCACGAGAAGGUGAGGGCAAUCAUCGACGACACGAAGUCCGAGCUCGCCCGCGAGCGCAAGAACCGUCAGCGCCUCGAGUCUGUCAACUCGAAGCUGGUCGACGAGCUGGCGGAUGCCAGGCUGUCGGCCAAGCGCCUCGCGCAGGAGUACGAGAAGGAGCGCAAGGACCGCGCGCUGAUCGAGGAGGUCUGUGACGAGCUGGCGAAGGAGAUGAGCGAGGACAAGGCCGAGGCCGAGGCCCUGAAACGGGAGUGCGCGAGGCUCCGCGAGGAAGUCGAGGAGGAGAGGCGGAUGCUGCAGAUGGCCGAGGUUUGGCGGGAAGAGCGCGUGCAGAUGAAGCUCGUGGACGCCAAAGUCAUGCUCGAAGAGAAGUACGCGGAGAUGAAUGCUCUUGUCGCGGGCCUCGAGUCGUUCUUGAGUUCGGGCCCUAUGGAGGUUGAAAAAGCCGAGUUUCUCGUCCAGGUGGCGAGAUCGCUGAGCAUGCACGACGUGCGGGAUUUGACGUACGAGCCUCCGAAUGCAGACGACAUCUUCUCUGUUUUGGAAGAUAGCCCGACUAGCCGGGCUUCGAAGAUUCACACGGUGAGCCCGGAAGUGAAGGUUGUUGGGAAUGAGAGCGGGGAUGCUAGCGAGUGGGAGACUGUGAGCCAUGCGGAGGAGGAUCGCGGGUCGAGCUAUUCGCCCGAGGGAAGUGACCCUUCGGUUAAUAGCAGGAAUUUCCGCGCCAGAUGUGUUUCGAGGAAUGGGGCCGAAUGGGAAAAGGAUGGAGCGGGGAGUAUAGUUGAGAUAAGGGAGGUUGACUCGGCCAGAAUGAGGCAGAUCAAGAGGGCCUCGUCUAUAUCUAAGCUGUGGAGGUCCUGUCCGAAUAAUGGGGAUGGAUGUGAUGGGAAAAACGGGAGGUCGUCAAACGGGAGGAUUUCUAACGGGAGUGUGUUUUCUCCGAAUAACGGGCUUGGGCUUGGGCUUAGCCCGCAGGAGUUUUCGGGUCAGUGGAGCUCGCCUGAUUCGGGUAACCCGCACAUGAAUCAUCGAACAAUGAGAGGGUGUAUUGAAUGGCCGAGAGGUGCACAGAAGAGUAGUCUCAAGACUCGGUUAUUGGAGGCGAGAUUGGAGAGUCAGAAGGUCCAGCUGCGCCAGGUUUUGAAACAGAAGAUUUAGUGUUUGGAAGUAUUGGAAUAAUUUUCAUUUAAGAAAUGUUAGGGGCGAAUUAGUGUUGCGAGAGCUUCUUGUAUGGUAUGUUAUUGAGAUGGAAUUUGGGGUCUAUCUUGAGCUAGGAUUAGCUCUAUAUUUAUGUUACUGUUAUAUGAUAAUUUUAUCCUGCUUGUCUUUGAUACGGAUGGAGACAUUGAAAUGCGACCGUUGUGUCUGUAAUUUGGCUUCUGACAGUGAUUUUAGUGGUCUCUAUGAAGUUGUUCUUUAUAUGUUCCAUAGUAUCCGAGCACAACUUCAUUUCUUUUCUUUUAUUUCUGUUUUUUUAGUAACCUUUGGUAUUUUAUAAUGUGCAGUAAUAUUUAUCUUGG